AUGGAUUCCUUUGAUGAAAUAUUAUCAAAAUUUUCAGAAUUUAAAAAAAAACUUGAUGGAUACGUAUGUCACUCUUUAACUGUUGGAGGAACGACUACGGAAGAGAAAUUAUGUAAGGAUGGUAAAGAUAGACUAGAACAUUUAUUUCGAGAUAUGUAUGACCCACAAAAAAUAUGUCAUCAAGUUAUAGAAUACUUAGGAGUAAUAAAUAAUGAGAAUAAUGAAAGUUUUAAAAAAGUAGGAUGUGUAUAUCUUUAUUACUGGAUAUAUAAUGAUCUUCUUAAAGAUGAUAAAAAAGGAAUUAAUCAUAUGCCAAACAUUUAUGAUGAAUUUAUCAAAAUAUUUAAAGAAAUGUAUAAGACGACUAAUAAUUUUUGCAAUAGUUCUGAGGAAACUAUCAAAAAAGAGGACUUACCAAAACUUACAGUCAUAUAUGAAAUGUACAAGAAUAAGGAGUAUAUAGAAGAGUUCUGCUUACCUAAUACAGACGAUGAUUAUUGUAAUGUGCUUAAAGAACAUAUAAAAAAGUAUAAUAAUUUAGUUCAUGCCGUGGUUAGUGAAAUUCAUACGCCUUGUAAGCAAGAUGCACUACCAUCACGUGGAAAAAAUAUUGGAAGUACCAUUAUAAUUACAAUUUUUGCAACAUUAUUGAUAUCAAUUUUUUUAUUUGUUUUAUAUGAGUUUACAACAUUUGGUUCAUGGAUACGUCAUAAAAUAUUAAGGAGAAGAAAAGGAUUAAAUAACAUAGAAGAAAAAUUGGAUGGAUUACAAGGAUCAGAGUUAUUCACAUCUAUGCCAAGAAAUAGCAAUCAUAAUAUGUUAUAUAAUUCUCCUCAUCUUUAUGAUUAA